GCUGGCUCGCAGGCAGCCGCAGCGGCUCGCCGGGAGGCACCCAGCGCGCGCAGCAGCCGGGCGGGAGCCGCCGCCGCCGCAGUACCGGAGGUCGCUGCCGAGAACCGCCGCGCAGGCUCGCCAUGCCGAAGAGAAAGGUGACGGUGGCGGACGGGGAGGCCCCCGAGGAGCCGAAGAGGCGAUCGGCGCGGCUGUCCGCUAAACCUGCUCCUGCCAAAGCGGAGCCGAAGCCAAAAAAGUUAUCGGCAAAGGAUAAAUCUGAGGACAAGAAAGCUCAAUCAAAGGGGAAAAAGGGGCCUAAAGGAAAACAGACAGAAGAGACAAACCAAGAACAGACAAAGGACAACUUGCCUGCAGAAAAUGGGGAAGCUAAAAGUGAGGAGACCCCAGCAUCUGAGGCAGCUGUAGAGAAAGAAGCUAAGUCUGAAUAACAUCUGGUACGGAGUCUUUAAUUGGUGGUCCUUAUACCUUUCUUCUUGUACAAUUCAGAGGAAUAUUUUUAUCAACUAUUUUGUAAAUGCAAGUUUUUUAGUAGUUCUAGAAAACACAUUUUUAAAAAGGAGAGAAUCCCAACUCAACCCAUUUUUUUACAUAUUUAGAUAAGUGUAAAUGCUUUUUUUAAGUGGUAAAAUCAUGUACUGGUUGUCUGUUUUCUAUGAAACCAGAAAUUAAUGGCAUGUUACAUUAAGGAGAGGGCUUUGAAGCCUUGAUUAGGCUUCACGUUCCAUAGACUGAGGGACAGUUUUUCUAUCCUAUUAAAUGAAGCAUAACACAGAUGAGACUUUGGAAUUCAUAAUGAUAUGUUGAGGAUGUCUUAACAUUUUAGUUAUUUAUCUAUGGUUGUACCAUCAGUAGAAUUGCUUAUCUAAUAAAACUGCUCCCUAGUGUUGGAUUUCUUGCUGAGUGAUACAUAUCUGUGACAAAGUUAUUUUUGGUAGUUGCAGCUUUAUUUUUUCCAACAACUUUGUAGCUGUGAUGCGAAAGAUUGGAAACUUUUAUUAUCUUUAAAUACCAAGUAAAAGUUUCUGCUUGGCAGACCUAAGUUGUUAUGUCAGUAUUUGAGAUCUUGGAAUUUCACAUCCAGUUUUAAAGGACAGCUUGUCUACAAAGAUCAAACAAAAAAUAAUUGAAAUAGUCUUAGGAAAAAAAAACAAACAGAAUUAUAAUUUUUAGAUUAAAAAAAUCUAUGUGAAUAAAAAGAAUUGUAAAAUUGUUCAUAGUGUCUGUGAUCACUGACCAAAAGCCAAAUAAAUCUUAAUUAUGAAAGGAA